CAGGGCGGGGGCUCUUAAAGGGUCCUGGCAGCCACGACCCUCCCCAACACCCCUGCCCAGCUUGGCCGUCUUAGAUCGGGAACAAAGGAGUCUACGUGUGGCCUGGCGGCCGAAGGGUUGGGAGCCCUGGCCCAGCCCCUCCUCCCCUCUGCCACCCCUGAUGCGACCAUGGGCUCUGGCUGUGACUAGGUGGCCACCCUCUACCCCUGUGGGUCAGUGGAGAUUCUCUGCAGGACCUGGCAGCAGUCUGGGCCAGCCCCGAGGAAGCCCCGGCCGCGAGGGCCCCCUGGCCGGCCCACCUGCCCAGGAUGAGCGCUUACCCUCCCAGCAGCCGCCACCCCAACCGUCACAUCUCCCCGUAGAGGAGCACCGAGCCUCGGCUCCUGCCGGCGGGAGCCCCCGAAUGCUGCACCCAGCCUCCCAACAGAGCCCGUUCAUGGUUGAUCUCCACGAGCAGGUGCACCAGGGACCCGUCCCUCUGUCCUACACAGUCACCACAGUGACGACCCAAGGCUUCCCCUUGCCUGCAGGCCAACACAUCCCUGGCUGCAGUGCCCAGCAGCUCCCAGCAUGCUCCGUGAUGUUCAGUGGGCAGCACUACCCCCUCUGCUGCCUCCCACCCCCGCUGAUCCAGGCGUGUACCAUGCAGCAGCUCCCUGUGCCCUAUCAGGCCUACCCCCACCUCAUCUCCAGUGACCACUACAUCCUGCACCCCCCACCGCCAGCCCCACACCCCCAGCCUGCCCACAUGGCACCUCUUGGGCAGUUUGUAUCGCUGCAGACCCAGCACCCGCGUAUGCCCCUGCAACGGCUAGAUAAUGAUGUGGACCUGCGGGGGGACCAGCACCCCCUGGGGAGCUUCACCUACUCCACCUCUGCCCCGGGCCCAGCCCUGUCCCCGUCCGUGCCCCUGCACUACCUGCCCCACGAUCCGCUGCAUCAGGAGCUGUCCUUCGGUGUGCCGUAUUCCCACAUGAUGCCACGGAGACUGAGCACCCAGAGAUACCGCCUGCAACAGCCACUGCCCCCGCCGCCCCCGCCGCCGCCCCCACCACCUUAUUACCCCAGCUUCCUGCCCUACUUCCUCUCGAUGCUGCCAAUGUCACCAACAGCAAUGGGGCCCACCAUCAGUCUGGACCUUGACGUGGAUGACGUGGAGAUGGAGAACUAUGAGGCCCUCCUGAACCUGGCAGAGCGGCUAGGAGAUGCCAAGCCCCGAGGCCUCACCAAAGCGGACAUCGAGCAGCUUCCGUCCUACCGCUUCAACCCAGAUGGCCAUCAGUCGGAGCAGACACUGUGUGUCGUCUGCUUCAGUGACUUCGAGGCGCGGCAGCUUCUCCGAGUUCUCCCUUGCAACCACGAAUUCCACACCAAAUGUGUCGACAAGUGGUUGAAGGCCAACCGGACCUGUCCCAUUUGCCGGGCUGAUGCCUCCGAGGUGCCCAGGGAGGCUGAGUGAGGCCCCACAACUGUCCAGGAGAACCCUGCCCGAAGCUCUGGAAACGCGGGAUCGGGGGGGACCCAGGGAGGAUGGGGAGGGAGUGACCCAGGCCUGCCCCAUCAUCCUUACCUGCAUCUCCAGAGCUGGUGCCAGGGUCAGCACCAAGAGAAGCCCCUGCAAUAAGCCCCUGCACUUGCCAAGCUCCAAAGACUCCUUCCCCCAUCUGCCUGCCAGUCCGCCUGCCACGGAGCUGCCUGAGUGUCCCCCACUCGGUCUCCCUCCUGUUUUCCCUCGGGUCCACCUCUUUCCUGCCAGCACUGGGAGCCAGAGAUCCAUCCCCCCAGUGCAGCUGGAGGGUCCCUGGCCCCGGGGUGGGCGAAGGGGACACAGUCCUCAGUAGGCUGCGCGCUCGCACCGAAGUGGCAUGCCGUCUGCCCAGGUGGCACUGACAGGCGUGUGCAGAGGCCGUCGCGCAAGGCCGUCUCGGGCCCAGGCCCAGGCCCUCCUGCCUUGAUCCCAGACAGACUCAGGCAGCCAGCCCAGCCCAGCCCAGGCUGCCGUGAGGGUCGCUCUGGCUCCCAGGAGGACCCUUACCCCAGGCACAACAUUCCAGCCCGACCCUCAGGCUGGAGACUGUCAGAGCCAGCCUCCUGAGCACAUGGGAGACAGAUCCUGAGGGGGCCUGGGCCAUGCCAGGGAGACUGAUCUUCUGUAUUCUAGUGGCCACCCCCUUCUGGUGACAAGGGCCAGACCCAUGCCCAAUCUCCCCUCUCUGUUGUUUUGCAUGAAUGUGAGGAGCAGCAGUUUUUGUUUAUUCAUUUGGCCCAAACUUGUGUGUAGGAUUUGGGGGUGUGGAUUUUUAAAACAAUUUGUUUUCUUUUGGUUUAAUGGGGGGAGGGGGCUUAGGGACCAACUAGGACCGAGUACCCAGGGGGCAGGGACUGGUCCUGUGGUGCCGUCUGGUUUGCAUGCAUGUGCGUGGCUGGGGCUGGACCAGGCGGCUGGCUGGUGGUCGCAGUCGGGGUUGGGGGGCUCUGUGCUCAGCUGAUAACUGCCAUGCACUGUACUGCACACGUCCCGUCCCCAGAGCCUACCGGGACCGUACGCUUUUCAGGGCAUUUACCCCUCUCCAGCCAGGGCCUGUCUCCCACCUGCCUGGGUGAGUCUCCUCCAAGGAAGUCCCAAGAGGACAGGGACCAGGGAGGGCAUGGACCCCACCUCCGGGGAUCCCCUCCCAGCCUGAACCCUGCCCUCCAGGCCUGGAGGGGCCCCUGUAGGGUCUGGCUGAGCUCCCUCUUCCUCCCUGGUCCUACUCCUGGCCUUUCCUAUCCCCAGCUGGGGUUGCUGCCCUGAACGAACCGCGUGUGGGGCCGGCACAUCCUAGCAGGCAGCCCCUGGCGCCUGCUGCCUCAGGGAUGCUCCAACCACCCUCGUUCUCCCGUAGCGCCCUGGCUCCCUGCCUCUUCCUAGCCUGCCGUGGGGCCCAAUCAGCCUGGCCCCACCCCCACGGAGAACCCAAAGUCUUACUGUAUAUAACUCCAGGUGACGUUUCUAUAUUUAUAGCAGUGUUGAAACCCCACGUGUUUUACACAGAACUACCCUCUCCAACCCCCUCCCUCUCCCACCCCAACAAAAGGUUUUCAAAACCCUUACGGUUCCUGGGGCAGGCGGAAACAGGCUCACGGACUGCGUGUCGGCUGCAGCCAUGGUUCCAACGAGCAGCUAUGGGGGGAAACACAACAUUUAAAAAAUCAUUAAAAAAAGAUUUAUGAAACAAUUACUUAGGAUGUUUGUGAUUUGCCGACCUUGCUAUAGAUGCCAUGUUACCAAUGAUUUCCUGUGGUGGGGGCUUGUCAUUGUUUACUCUUUUAUUUACCAACUUCUGGCCUAGGCAUGACAGUGGACACCAUCCCCCAGCCUUGGCUGGGCCCAGUACCUGUGUUCUGUGUUAGAAAGGUUUUAUAUCUAUAUAAUUACAUAUAUAUAUGUGUGUGUAUAUAUAUGUAAUUUUGGGGGGGCCCUGUUCCUUGCACAUUUUACAGUUACCUCAUUUUUUCCCAUGUAUGUAUUUGAGAAAAUGCUAAUAUAUAUAGAAAAAAAAGGUUCUUAAAGCUUAAAUGUGUGGUUUUUUCCAUUCCAUUGGAUUCACAUUGGUUUGUAGCAUUUAACAUAACUAGUAUGUUGUAUUAUAUAUAUGUGUAUACUGAUUGAAAUUUUUAACAGAUUUGUACUUUUUUUAAAAUGAAAGUUGCUAGUUCUGCUUGACCAAGUAGUGCAAUCAUUAUUUUUUUUAAUAUUGUUGCUGAUUUCAGAGGGAUAUUCACUAAUAAAUGUAUGACGUAUAUCAAGUAUU